UGAUUGCUGCCUAUAGCACUGCCUGCCCAGCUGCCCUGGUCUAAGGCUCUGAAGCACUAAUGGGUGUCCCAGCUGCAGCAGUGUGAAGUAGGGACACAGAAACACUAGCUUCGCUUCCAGCCCUGAUCACAGACCUCACCCCUAUGGCUGACUCUGCGCCUCUCCUUUCCCUGGCUGGCGACCCCAUGGCCACCGAAACCCUGCUCCGGAGUGUGUUUGGGAUGGUCCUGGAAGAGAUCGUGUGGAAAGGGACCAGCACUUCUGAGAAGGUCUGCGAGUGGAAGGAGCCGGAGGAGCUGAGGCAGCUGCUGGAUCUGGAGCUGCGGAGCCAGGGAGAGUCUCAGGAGCAGAUUGUGGAGCGAUGCCGAGAUGUGAUCCGCUACAGUGUGAAAACCUGUCAUCCUCACUUCUUCAACCAGCUCUUCUCAGGGCUGGACCCCUAUGCACUGGCUGGGCGCAUUGUCACCGAGAGCCUUAACACCAGCCAGUACACGUAUGAAAUUGCUCCCGUGUUUGUCCUCAUGGAAGAAGAGGUGCUGAGAAAACUGCGGGCCCUGGUGGGCUGGAGCUCUGGGGAUGGGGUCUUCUGCCCUGGUGGCUCCAUCUCCAACAUGUAUGCUGUAAAUCUGGCUCGUUACCAGCGCUACCCGGAUUGUAAGCAGAGGGGCCUCCGGGCGCUGCCUCCCCUCGCCCUCUUCACAUCCAAGGAGUGCCAUUACUCCAUCCAGAAGGGCGCAGCUUUCUUGGGACUUGGCACCGACAGUAUCCGGGUGGUCAAAGCUGACGAGAGAGGGAAGAUGAUCCCAGAGGACCUGGAGAGACAGAUCUGUCUGGCAGAGGCUGAGGGUGCUGUCCCCUUUCUGGUCAGUGCCACCUCCGGCACCACUGUGCUCGGGGCCUUCGACCCCCUGGAGGAGAUCGCUGAUGUGUGCCACCGGCAUGGACUGUGGCUGCACGUGGACGCCGCUUGGGGUGGGAGCGUCCUGCUGUCCAAGACACACAGACAUCUCCUGGCUGGGAUCCAGAGGGCUGACUCUGUGGCCUGGAAUCCGCACAAGCUCCUCACUGCAGGCCUGCAGUGCUCCGCCCUUCUUCUCCGGGACACCUCGAACCUUCUCAAGCACUGCCACGGCUCCCAGGCCAGCUACCUGUUCCAGCAGGACAAGUUCUAUGACGUGGCUCUGGACACAGGUGACAAGGUGGUGCAAUGUGGCCGCCGGGUGGACUGUCUGAAGCUGUGGCUCAUGUGGAAAGCUCUGGGUAGCAAAGGGCUGGAGCUGCGUGUGGACCAGGCCUUUGCCCUUAGCCGGUACCUGGUGGAGGAGAUGAAGAAGCGGGAAGGAUUUGAGCUUGUCAUGGAGCCUGAGUUUGUCAAUGUGUGUUUCUGGUUUGUGCCCCCCAGUCUUCGGGGCAAGAAGGGGAGUCCUGAUUACCAUGAAAAGCUGGCUAAGGUGGCCCCUGUCCUCAAGGAGCGCAUGGUGAAAGAGGGCUCCAUGAUGGUUGGCUACCAGCCGCAUGGCACCCGGGCCAACUUUUUCCGCAUGAUUGUGGCCAACCCUGCGCUGACCCCAGCAGAUAUGGACUUCCUUCUCAAUGAGCUGGAGCGGCUGGGUCAAGACCUCUGAGCCUUGCGGUGGUCCUAUUCCCUACUCCUUUGCCUUUCUGUAGUCCCUUCCUGUGCUGGAAGGAACAGUCUUUCCAGGAAACUGAGGACCCUAACUAACACACGUUAUCUGUUUGGCUCUCUGGGGAUAGGAAAAUGCUUUGAUAUACUACAGUAUAUCUCUUGUUGGGCUGUUAUUCUGCAGUUACAAUGGUGUUUAUAAGGAGAGGUUUUGGGGAUUUU